CAAUCACAGACUAGUUCUCUCAAAGAAGGCCAUUAAGUGUUUCGUCUUUGUGUUGACACCUUCGGAGUAUUAAGAGUGCUAAAAUGGAUAUUACCAGGUGUACGGAGAAAUGGGUAAAACAAGAAAAGGAGAGGCCCCCAACAUCCUCUAUAAUGCUCUCGAGCAAGAAAUCUGACCCUGCGUCCUCUUCAUCCUCCUCUUCAUCCUCUGCUGGAGCAGGAGGAGGUGAAAGGGUCUUGGGUUCUGAUGCCCAGACUGGUCCGUCAGCCUCAGCUGCAGGAGCAUUGGAUUCAAAGAAGAAGGAAAGGUCCUCCCCGAGUGGGGAAGCUGGGGGAACUGCUUUUCCCCACCAGUCAGGUGCUGGAGGGGCAGACCAGGACUUGGCUGAAGUCCGCAGGACAAGUCGACGCAAGAGAGCAAAACAGGUGGAGUACCGUGAGAUGGACGAAAGCUUGGCUAACCUCUCGGAGGACGAGUAUUAUUCGGAAGAGGAGAGAAACGCUAAGGCCGAGAAGGAAAGGAAGCAAGUUGUCCCUCCUCCUGCCCCACCUCCAGAGGAGGAGAACGAGAGUGAGCCCGAAGAGCCGUCGGGUCUGGAAGGUGCUGCUUUCCAAAGCCGUCUUCCCCAUGACCGAAUGACAUCCCAGGAAGCCGCCUGCUUCCCUGACAUCAUCGGCGGCCCCCAACAGACCCAGAAGGUCUUCUUAUACAUCCGUAACCGCACACUCCAACUGUGGCUGGACAACCCGAAAAUUCAGCUGACCUUUGAGGCUACAGUACAACAACUUGACGCUCCAUACAACAGUGACGCCGUGCUGGUCCACAGAAUACACAGCUACUUAGAAAGGCAUGGCCUCAUCAAUUUUGGAAUUUACAAGCGGGUCAAACCUUUACCAGCCAAGAAAACGGGGAAGGUUAUAGUCAUCGGCGGAGGAGUGUCCGGCCUCGCUGCAGCGCGGCAGCUGCAAAGCUUUGGGAUGGAUGUGACGGUGCUGGAAGCCCGGGACCGCGUCGGAGGCCGGGUGGCGACCUUCAGAAAAGGCAAUUAUGUGGCAGAUCUUGGGGCAAUGGUGGUGACAGGGCUGGGAGGGAAUCCCAUGGCGGUGGUCAGUAAACAAGUGAAUAUGGAGCUGGCCAAGAUCAAGCAGAAGUGUCCUCUCUUUGAAGCCAACGGUCAAGCUGGAGAACGGUGUACAAGUGUCCCCAAAGAAAAAGACGAGAUGGUGGAGCAGGAGUUCAACCGGCUGCUGGAGGCCACCUCCUACCUGAGCCACCAGCUCGACUUUAACUUCCUCAACAACAAACCCGUGUCUCUGGGCCAGGCCCUGGAGGUGGUCAUACAGCUGCAGGAGAAGCAUGUGAAAGAUGAGCAGAUAGAACACUGGAAGAAAAUAGUCAAGACUCAGGAGGAACUCCGAGACCUUCUCAACAAGAUGGUUUCCACUAAAGAGCGCGUUAAGGAGCUCCAUCAGCAGUAUAAAGAGGCAUGCGAAGUCAAACCACCCAGAGACAUCACCGCCGAGUUCCUGGUGAAGAGCAAGCACAGAGACCUUACAGCCCUCUGCAAAGAGUACGACGAGUUGGCGGAGAUGCAGGUGAAGCUGGAAGAAAAACUGCAGGAGCUGGAGGCCAAUCCACCCAGCGACGUUUAUCUUUCAUCGAGGGAUCGGCAGAUCCUAGACUGGCACUUCGCCAACCUGGAAUUUGCCAACGCCACGCCCCUCUCCACCCUUUCUCUCAAGCACUGGGAUCAGGAUGACGACUUUGAAUUCACCGGCAGCCACCUGACUGUGAGGAAUGGUUACUCCUGUGUUCCUGUGGCUCUCGCUGAAGGCCUAGACAUCAAACUGAACACGGCCGUGCGACAGGUCCGAUACACGGCGUCGGGCUGCGAGGUGAUUGCUGUCAACACUCGCUCCACCACCCAGACCUUCAUAUACAAGUGCGACGCCGUGCUGUGCACGCUUCCCCUCGGGGUGCUGAAGCAGCAGCCCCCCGCCGUGCAGUUUGUCCCUCCGCUGCCAGAGUGGAAGACGUCAGCCAUUCAGAGGAUGGGCUUCGGCAACCUCAACAAGGUGGUGUUGUGUUUUGACCGCGUGUUCUGGGAUCCGAGCGUUAACCUGUUCGGUCACGUCGGCUCCACAACCGCAAGCCGAGGCGAGCUCUUCCUCUUCUGGAAUCUCUAUAAAGCCCCAAUCCUGCUGGCUCUGAUGGCUGGCGAGGCUGCUGGGAUUAUGGAGAACAUCAGCGAUGACGUCAUUGUCGGACGCUGUCUGGCCAUUCUCAAAGGAAUCUUUGGAAGUAGUGCGGUCCCACAGCCUAAAGAAACAGUUGUCACUCGUUGGCGGGCGGACCCCUGGGCGAGGGGCUCCUACUCGUACGUGGCAGCUGGCUCCUCGGGAAACGACUACGACCUCAUGGCGCAGCCCAUCACGCCCGGACCCGCCAUACCCGGAGCCUCACAGCCCGUCCCUCGUUUGUUCUUCGCCGGCGAACACACCAUCAGAAAUUACCCCGCUACAGUCCACGGCGCCUUGCUCAGCGGCCUCAGGGAAGCCGGACGCAUCGCAGAUCAGUUCCUCGGCGCAAUGUACACACUCCCCAGACAAGCCACGCCCACCGCCACCAGUAACCCCCAGCAGGCGCAGCCCGCUGCCAGCGUCUGAGCGACUCCGAAGGCCCGGAAAAAAACGUGGAUUUUUGAAAGGACAACAACCUUCUAGUUUCAGAAAAGUCAUUUAAAAACCCAAACAUUCUAACCGCAUUAUUAGCUCUGCUUCUCGUUUCAUCACAUUCAUGAAAUUCUCUUCGUUAAAGUCAAAUGUGGAAUUUUUCUAUUUAUGAACUCUUGUACAUGCUUGGAAUAAUGGUUGAAAACCCGUCCACUAAACACACACAAACUAAAAAAAAAAGCAAACUCUACGGAGCCCCUCCCACUACAGUGUUCCUGCUUUCUCGUAGGUGUUUGUCUUUCAGAUUUCAUUUCUACUGUUCGAGGCAGAAUAUUUAAGCUUCAGAAAAGCUGAGGAUGUUUAUGUUGAAUGGCAUGUUGCCAUGGCAGAUGUUUGUGUUGUCCUUUUUUUUUUAUAGUAAAAUGUUUUGUUAUUAAAAGAAAACCCAAACUGUA